UUGUAGGGGCCUUUUUUAGUUAUUUUCCUUAGCUUGGCUUCAAUAUCCACUAAUGAACCGCUUCUUCUUGAUGUGAUCAACCAUGCCUAAACUCAUCCACGAUACCAGCACGGUGCUGGCAGCACUGUUUAACAAAAUUUACUAAACAUGCGAACAACAUAUCUUCUCUUCCUUUCAGCAAGAUCCAUUAUCACAUCGAAUAAUAGAGAAACGACGACGUGAUCGAAUGAACUCCUGCCUGGCAGAUCUCUCGCGGCUGAUUCCACAGCAGUACAUGCGCAAAGGACGCGGUCGCGUCGAGAAGACCGAAAUCAUCGAGAUGGCCAUCCGACACCUGAAGAACCUGCAAAACCAAGAAUGCGCUCGCGAGUCAUCGUGUGCCGAGCAGUACAGACUGGGUUACAACGAUUGCCUCACCGAAGCGGCCAAAUUCAUGCUGCGCGAACGGGGCGAAGAAAUGUGCUACCGAAUGGUGGCCCAUCUGAAGGAACACUGCAGUGAAAUUAUGAAAGGUGAACAGAUGAAAUCCCGCUGCGGUUCGGAGAUUCCAAACGGUGGCAGUCCAGUGUACCUACAUCCGGGUCCUCUAUCGUCACUGCGUGAAAUGCUAUCCUGCCCCUCGGACUUGGAGCAUAGUAGUAACGAUCAUCACGACGUUAAGGAUCUUAGCUUCCGCAGCAGCACCAACAGUUGCAGCAGUAAUCCACCACAGGCUGCCGUGAUCACCUCAACCGCGCCGAGUAGUGUACAACACUUGGAUACUUCGAGCAACCAUUCUACGGUCGAUUUUGAAGCUUCGUCACCCUCUCGUAUUUCCACCAGUUCCAACAAUGGGGCGCUGCACCACUUCCAGCAGGACACCAACAACAACAUCAACGCUCAGCACGAAAGUGUCCUACGGAACAUCCGUAUGCGGAAGUUUUCUGAAACGUCGCCGGAGCACGAGCAUAACCACAACAGCUACAAAUUCAAGAACUACAUUCAGCAACGUUUCUCGCAAGACACCCAUGGUAACGAGAAUGGUCACAUAACGGAUGGUCCACAUAGUCCAUCCUCUCUUCAUGAGGAUCAUCAGAUGGCUGAUGUACCGCCCCUGUCGCAAGAAAAACCAGUUAUGAAUGGACUUGGACCCAAGCGUAAACCCGAAUGUGUCCCAAACAUUGAUGGCUGCGACGAGCCACUGUCCCUGAAACGGAAAGCAGUCUCGAUAGAGCAACUGUCACAUGCGACGCUGGUUCAAGACGAUCGGGACGACCUGAUAAUGGACAAGAAACCUAAAAACGGUCUCACAGAGUUCAAGAACGAACAUAUGGCGAGAGGCUCUUAUGCGUCCUACACCGUUCCAAUCUUUGCUUGCCAUACUCAGGGCUUCUAUAUCCCUCUUAACGUGGACUACGAUGCUUUACUGCCAUACCUGAACGGAAUUGAUUUGUUUGGAAAGAACUACCCGCAGAUGCCACCGUUGCAUCCUAUUAACAUAAACGUCAACUACUCCUCUGCCAGUCUGCUGAAAACGGCCAUGAAUGGGCUAACCUCGAUCGGAAAGGCCAAGCUAGUCGAAGGGCUAGUUAAUGGUUGCUAGAGUGUGGGUGGUGGUUAAAGUAAAAAAAAACUUUACAACAAGUGAAAUGCAAAAAGUUAUUUUGUCCCAAUAUUUUGUUCUCUUGUUCUGAAACGAAGCAUUGUAUAAAAUGCAGGUCUACUGUGCUUCUUGUGGAAUACGCAUGGAUAUAGUGUUAAUAACCUUUGAGCAGUGUUGAACACAUGUUGCUGUUCGUGUUGCUGCACAGUCUAAAUCAUACAAUGUUUCGGCAUCUGGCAGCUUGAACCGUUCGGAUUCGAAUUCAUCCAGAAAUGUUAUUGCACAUCCGGAAUUUUGUUCUUCUCUAGAUUUUAAUUGGCUGCUUGGGUAAGGAUAGUACAUACGGACACAAGUUUAAAAGAUCAUAAAAUAAGGAAUGAAGGACUACAAUCUUGUAUUGAUAGGAAAUAACACAAAAGAAUAGAUCACAUCGCAUAAUUUUUGGAAAUAGGUUCUGUAAGAAAAUUUAUCGGAACCUAUUUCAGGCGUUUCAGUCAUAAUUGCUAUCUCCAUACGUAGGAAACAUAAAAGACACAGUAAACAAACGCAGAUUCAUAAGACUAAGCCAAACAAAAAACCCAACCCCGAUAAGUGCAUUUUCGCCAUUUUAAACUGCAUUUGCCCUUUUAAUUAUGUAUACGUAAAAGCCCCGUGUAUUGUUUUAAUUGGAACUAGAAAAGAUUUGCUUACUUAAUCACCUAAUUGCCGCAGAUUAAAAGUGUUUGAAAAUACGAUAUACAAACUGUAACAAAACAUAAUACUGCAACAGAAGAGUAGAAAUUCCAUUGCUAUCUUUGGAAGAACCAAGUAAAACUGACUAAUAACAAAUAAGCUGAUAGAAACGAGGUAUGUGUAAUUGUAUAGUUAAACUCAGGUAUACACUAUUUUUAGCAUAACAGAAAAAAUCCCAUGCAGAAUAGAUAGCGAAUAAAAAUAAUUCAAUAGCGAAUGGCGAGCAAGCGUAACUGUGCGUAACAAUUAUGAACACAAGAAAGCACGCAGUAUAAACAUAUAGGACAACAACGUUACAAACCAGAUUGUAUAGGACAAGCCACUUGUUAAUAGAACCUACCUUCUUUUGUAAAUCAUCUUAACAGAGUCAGUGAUGCCACCAACCCGUCAUUUUUUUAACUGGUUGUGUUUCAUGAUUUUUUUUACUAUCAAAUAUAAUUAAAUUAAAAUCUUUUAAUCUGUGAUACUGAUUAACAACGGAAACCAACAAAACGACGGAAAACUGUUACGGCAGAACGAAUGCAUGCAUGAAUGCAGAGACCUUUCUAGAGAUUGUUUGAUGGUCAAACAAAUUGAGAACUGAAACGUAUAAAUGCUUUGUAUAAACCAAUCAGUCGCUUUUUGUCUUGUAUAUUUGUAACUAAGAGCAGAGACAACAACAAAACUACAAGAAGAGAAACAUUUUUGAUGAAACAUGAGUAGACAAGUGCUGUAAUUAAUGAUAGAAAGUCAACCAAAUAAAAUGUCAUAAUUAUAAA